UUGGACAGCGGUGCGUGACGUUGUGUCUUAACCCGCAAAUUGUUGCUCAGCUGUUCUUAAGGAAUAAAAUGCGUGGAGAAGUCUUUACAGCCAGAGACAGCAUUUCAUAAACAACCAAAUAGGUUACAGAGGGUCUUCACAGGAACUGUAUCACAGCAGUUGCCUUGUUUCAUCAAGCUGCCAUGGCAUCAGGUGGGGCCCCGGCUGUAGGGGCUUCACAGUUUGUUACCAAAGUGGAACUGACAAUUUCCUGUGAGAACCUCAUGGACAUGGACAUCUUAUCCAAAUCUGACCCCCUGUGUGCUUUAUACAUCAACACUUCAGGCUCCCACUGGUAUGAGUUGGGUCGAACAGAGAUGAUCCUGAACUGCCUGAAUCCAAAGUUUGCCAAGAAGUUUGUUAUUAACUAUUACUUUGAGAUGGUGCAGAGGUUGAAGUUUUGUGUGUAUGACAUUGACAACGACACCUACGACCUGGAUGAUGAUGAUUUUCUUGGGGAAAUAGAAUGUACCCUUGGACAGAUUGUUUCCUGCAGGGAGAUGACUCGACCUCUGUUACUGAAAAACAAGAAGCCUGCAGGUCACGGGACCAUCACAAUCUGUGCUGAAGAAAUAACUGAUACUAGAGUAGCACACUUUGAAGUGUCAGCUCGCAAUUUGGACAAAAAGUAUUUGUGGUGGUCCGAUCCUUUCCUGGAAUUCUACAAACAGACAGAAACAGGAUGGCAGCUGGCUCACAGGACAGAGGUGGUGAAGAACAACUUGAACCCAACAUGGACACCGUUCCGCAUCUCGCUGCGGUCUCUUUGUGGAGGAGAAGUGGAAAACCCCAUAAAGGUUGACUGUUUUGACCAUCAUGUCAGUGGCUCCCAUGACCUUAUUGGGAGCUUUAAAACGACACUGUCAGAGCUACAAAUGGGAACACACACUUCCCCGGCUGAAUUUCAAUGCAUUAAUCCAAAAAAGUUAAAGAAGAAAGGCUAUAAAAACUCCGGCACCAUUUGCGUCAAGCGCUGCCAGGUGGAGAAAGAGUAUACCUUCUUGGAUUUUAUUAUGGGCGGUUGUCAGAUCAACUUCACUAUUGCCAUUGACUUCACAGGGUCCAACGGGGAUCCCAGUUCCCCUCAGUCUCUCCACUACAUCAACCCUGCAGGAUAUAAUGAGUACCUUGCAGCAAUCUGGGCAGUGGGCAUGGUCAUCCAGGACUACGACAGUAACAAGAUGUUUCCUGUGUUUGGAUUUGGUGCCAAGAUCCCUCCCUCCUGGACGGUUUCUCAUGAGUUUCCUGUCAAUUUUAAUCCGGCAAAUCCUUUCUGUGCAGGUAUCGAGGGCGUGGCGCAUGCCUACCAGCAGUGCUUGCCCCAGGUGAAGCUCUAUGGCCCCACCAACUUUGCGCCUAUUAUUAACCACGUUGCCUGCUUUGCCAGACAAGCUCUUUUGCAGAAAACAGCAUCACAAUACUUCGUCCUGCUCAUCAUCACAGACGGAGUGAUCACAGACAUUGACCAGACAUGCAGAGCGAUUGUGCAGGCCUCUUGUCUGCCGAUGUCUAUCAUCGUCGUGGGAGUGGGCGGAGCAGACUUCAGCACAAUGGAGUUCCUUGACAGCGAUGACAAAUUGCUGCAAUCACCCGGUGGUGGAAUUGCUGCACGAGACAUUGUGCAGUUUGUGCCAUUCAGAAAUUUUGAAGGAAAUGGCGUGGCCCUCGCCCAGUGUGUCCUGGCUGAGCUGCCUGAACAAGUGGCUUCUUUUUUCAACUCUUUCAAGCUCAAACCUCCCAAUAUACUCAGUCACUCUGACUCGUACUAGAAAGAAGAGUUAAAUGAAGCCAGAUGACUCAGCUUUCUUGUGUCGGUGUAGCUCCUGUGCAUGCUACCUGCCAUGACUGUAUCAGAUGGCACUAAUCACUGAUGGAGUUCCUUAAUUUCUAAUUAUAUCAUCCUAAAAUGCAGCCCAUUCAUUAUGUCCUUUGUAGUG